GGUUAUCAUCCGACUUGUCUGUAGGUCUAUAUAAUAGUCGGUGUGAUUGAAUUGCAAAUCACGAUAAAAUCUUUAAACAGAGUGACGUUCACAGGACUGAGAAUGUGAAUUGACCACCUCCAACAAGAAACUGUAACAAUGAAGCGACUACACUGGGGCCUAAUCGUGACGCUGGCGCUAGUUUGGAUGGCGUCCAUCGCAUCUAACGCAGUUUCAGUCGUGCGCGUCGUGGAUAACGCUGGAUACUACCAGAUUGCAAACUGGGACAAAGCCGUAGACAUCUGCGCUAGUCGUGGUAUGAGGUUAGCCAGACGGGAUCAGCUGACGGAGGCUUGGAAACAAGGGCUUGACAGUUGCUGGUGUGGAUGGCUAGCGGAUGGCACCGUGGGCUAUCCAAUACAGAAGUCAAGGUCUGGCUGUGGUGGCGGAUUAAAUGCACCGAGGAUAGUCACGUGCUCACUCACUCCUGGCAAUGGGAUAGGAUUUGAUGCAUACUGCACUGCAUCUGAGAUUUCAGUCGUACGCGUCGUGGAUAACGCUGGAUACUACCAGAUUGCAAACUGGGACAAAGCCGUAGACAUCUGCGCUGGUCGUGGUAUGAGGUUAGCCAGACGGGAUCAGCUGACGGAGGCUUGGAAGCAAGGACUUGACAGUUGCUGGUGUGGAUGGCUAGCGGAUGGCACCGUGGGCUAUCCAAUACAGAAGCCAAGAAGUGGUUGUAACAACGGCGGCCAACCAGAGGUGGUCACAUGCUCCCUCACUCCUUACAACGGGAAGGGAUGGGAUGCAUAUUGCAUGCCGGUGUAACAUCUGUGGUUGUUUCCCAUGUGUCAGUGUUUCCAAACAAUAGGCAGCUAGAGACACCAUGACUUUUCAAUAGGGGGGGGGGGGGAUACACAGAAAAACUCGUCAAUCUAUUUUUGAGCGUUCCCAAACAAUGAGGGGAAACACUCAAAAACAGAAACACUCAAAAACAUUACACCUGCCUUAUAUUUGUACUUAAUAGCGGAACUGAAUGAAACGCGGGCAGGUGUUUUUACUUUAAUGAAUACUAAAAGUUCACACAAGGUAUUCCGAUAUGUAGUUCUAUUAAGUAGACGCAAUAGUUGUCAGCGUGCCUGGGAUCGGACAGCAAUUCUAACACCUAUCAUGAAAGUGCCUUCAUGUAAUAGCUGACAGACAGGCGACGAAAGGCAGAAAGGGAGUACACCAACGACGAUAUAUGAUUUUUUGCAGCCAGUUUAUACGAAGGGCAUGAUAUCGAUCAAUUUGGAUUUUUAUAUAUGAGAAGGAUUGAAGUUUCAUUUUUUUUACAAUUGAAGUAACUAGCAUUUUGUACUUAUUCCUACACACUCUUGAGGAAGGGCAAAUCAGAGAGAAGAUGAAUCACAUCUCUGUGUUUUAUUGCACACUGUAGAAUUGUUUAUUUCUGUAAUUCUGUUCAUUAACUAUAACAUGUACAUUGUGUAUUUUGAUUGUAUACUCACCUUUAAGGUGGAAUCAAAUACAUGUAAAUCAAUCAA